AUGAAUAUCUUACAUUCAACAUUAUCAACAUGGCGGGAUCGCCUAGCGCCCAUCUCUCGCACCUCAACCUUUCGUUCCACCGGCCAAAUCACACCCGAGGAAUUCGUCUUGGCGGGCGACUACCUUGUUUAUAAGUUUCCUACAUGGUCUUGGGCUGAUGCCUCCAGUCCUGCGAAGCGAGUCUCUUACCUUCCGCCCGAUAAACAGUUCCUAGUUACUCGCGGCGUGCCGUGUCAUCGUCGACUGAACGAUAACUUUGCCGGAGAUGCGGGGCAUGAAGAUGAGAUUGUACAGGAUAUGCUUGCUGGCGAAGGGGCGGAGGGGUCUGCGGGAGAUGAUGGGGAUGAUGGAUGGUUACGAACGGGUGGAGGAGCGGAUAAGAGUGAACAGGAAGCUCGGAUACGAGAUGUGAGGACUGUCGAUGAAUCUGGGAACCUUGGGGAACAGGAGGAUGAGGAAGAAAUUCCGGAUAUGGAAGAUGACGAUGACGACGAGGAGGCAAUCAUCCGUGAACCACUUGGACAAUCUGGAACAACACAACCGCUCCGUACUUACACUUUAUACAUCACGUACUCCAACUUCUAUCGCACACCACGUCUCUACCUAUCCGGUUAUCUGUCACCGUCAGAGCCACUUCCACCGCACCUCAUGAUGGAAGAUAUCGUCGGCGACUACAAGGAUAAAACCGUAACGCUGGAGGACUUCCCUUGGUUUGACGGUAGUGUGAAGAUGGCAACAGUGCACCCAUGUCGCCACGCAUCCGUGAUGAAGACAUUACUUGAUCGGGCCGACGCAGCACUCAAGAUCCGGCGUGAGAAGCUCAAGCAAUCACAGUCCCGUGAAGAAGCAAAUCGCAUCCUGCAGGCGGGACCGACUAAAGGCCUUGAAGGCUUAGUCGACGACACAAAAGCCCUCUCGCUGGGUGAGAACCAACAUGCUGGCGGAGAUGAAUGGGAAGUUCUACAGGCCGAUGAAGAAGAGCAGGUCGCCAUUCGAGUGGAUCAAUACUUGGUGGUGUUCCUAAAGUUCAUUGCAAGUGUAACGCCGGGUAUUGAACAUGAUUUUACAAUGGGGGUUUAA